CGAGACUCUUCUCUUUGAUCUCAAGUCUUUUUGAACCUCAUAACAAAGUCUAGUCUCAUAAUUUUGAAUCCAUUUUUAUAGAUUUUAUGAAGCUCAAUAGGAAGUGUAACUUCCAUGAGAGCCUGAAAAUGCUCAUUAUUUAGAUUUUUUCCCAAAUAUGUGAUUUUGCUAAAAUUUUGAGGAAUAUAUCUAAUCAAUAUUAGUGUUUUGCAAUCAGGUAGAUUCAAUAAUUGCUACCUUCAUUACGCAAGAAUGUGUUUUUGAAAGACUUAAGAAGAAAGACGAUAAUGUGAAAAAUAUUCCAUUUUUGCUAAAAUUAUGUCCUAACCUAACUAAACGAAAUUUUUAUGCCUUCAAAAAUUUUGCGACAACUUCAACAGAAUCGGACAUGUCACGAUAUUAUUUGAAAAAUUAACAAAUCUGAUUGUUUUGCCUAUGAGUUUUAUUAUUCUAUUGUACCUAUGUACAUCAAGGUGCAUCUAUCCGCGAUUUUAUUCAAAGUUAAAUCUGUAAACCAGCAAUAAAUGUUUAUACCUGUAUUAAUCACUCAAUUGUCGGCAUUUUAUUGAGUCUUCAAAAUCAAUAAUAGGAGGAAGCCCCUUUCGGUUUACUUAAAAAAUCCUAAAACCCGAAAAACUACAAAGUAUUAAAACUGGGUUAGUGUAAAAACUCAUAAAGCGCUCUUUCGUCGAAAAGCGGCCCAUAAACAAAAAAAAGCUCCUCGCUGAAAGAAAUCGGAAGGUGCGAAAACGAACGACGAACGAGGUAAAAAGAGGAGAAGCGAAAGAAGGACGAAAUGCAACUUCACUUAUGCGGUGCGCCGCUGUUGUCCACUUCUUCGUCCGCUCCUUUUCUCGCAUUUUUAUUCUCUUUUCGCUCGAAUCCGAAUAAUAUCCAUCCGAUCCGAUCCGAUCCGAUCGAGAGCUUACAGCACAGCAGCAGCCAUUUGAUGAUGGGUAGGGAGGUUAGAGUAAGUGCUCCGAGUGUAAGUACGCGCUCAAAUCCUAGUAGGCGGUAAACGCGAAAGGUUCACGCGCAAGUGUACACGGACCGACACAGGAGGGCCUAAAAAGGGCUCUACACGGACGAUAUAGAGGCGAAUUGUUUCAAACAAAUUGCAAUCCGGCCCCCUUGCACUCUCUAUUCACUGGAGACACUGAAUGUAGUGUGCGUUGUUUGUUGUUUUGCGCGGAAAUAUUUGUUAGUGGACUUUUGUGAACUUUUUUUUUUUUGGAUUUUUGUUUUUGUUUAUUCGACGUUUUAUGUGAUUUUUUUUUUGUGAUUUUUCGACAAUUUAAAUUAAUGUAUCUUCAAAGCCAAAGACCGAGCCAACACCACAUACGAAUCAAAAAUCUUCCCUAAAUGUCAUACUACUUCCACUGCUAGCGUCAAAAGUACCAGGUGCUGUGCUCAGCUGGGUCCAGUAUUAAAACCGGCACAAUCAUUGGCGUAGAAAUUGCCCCAUCGCUUUGCCCAAUGGGGGCCGAGACCUCCCCCGAGCAACAGUACUCGUUGCGAUGGAACGAUUUCCAUUCGUCCAUACUCUCCUCAUUUCGACAUCUACGAGACGAGGAGGACUUCGUAGAUGUAACACUGGCCUGUGACGGUUGUUCGUUUACAGCGCACAAAGUGGUGCUGUCAGCAUGCAGUCCCUAUUUUAGGAGACUGCUCAAAGCCAACCCUUGCACGCAUCCGAUAGUUAUUCUCAGGGACGUGCAACACAAAGACAUGGAAAGUUUACUAAGGUUUAUGUAUAAUGGAGAAGUACACGUAGGACAAGAACACCUGACGGAUUUUUUAAAGACUGCACAAAUGUUACAAGUUAGGGGACUGGCUGACGUACCUGCGGGAGCAGCCGGGCAAAGACUGACUACCACAACAACAACCACUACCUCUGAGCAAAAGAUCUCACCGAACUCGUCCUCUUUGCCGUGGGCCACGGACCGUCCAGAAGCUCUACGAGAGGGCGGCGAUUCGCCGCCCCCGGCCAAAAGGGCGCGAAGUUCCGAACGAGAUAGUUUUCCAGAUAGGGGGCGCAGCCUUUCCAGGAAUAAUAACGGAGAAAUGUCGGAAUCGCUAUUAGGCCAGGCGUUGGAAGGGUCCGUCAAUAUUUCUAUUAAAGAGAAAUCGAGUAAUAAUUCUGGAUCACCAGACCAUCCACAAUCGACGUGUGAAGAUAGCAAUAGUAGCGACACCGCCAUGAGCGAACAUGGCGAUGGCGAACCCGUAACUCCAAAGACUGAACCCUCCGACUACCCCAACCUAAUGGACGAACACAAUCCGUUCCAUACGAACGGUUCCAUAAUGGAUCAAUCGAGGCCUCCGUCGUUUCCCGGAGCUGCACUUUUGGGACUGCAAGGUUUAAGUGGACUUAUGCCUGGACCAUCCGGAAUGCACGCGAAUUCAAACGAUUUUGUAUCUCGACGAUCUCUCGAUAUGAUGCGAGUGAGAGCCACCGAUCCCCGUCCAUGUCCGAAAUGCGGAAAAAUCUACCGGUCGGCCCACACGCUGAGAACGCAUCUGGAAGAUAAGCACACGAUAUGUCCGGGUUACCGGUGCGUUUUGUGCGGAACCGUAGCCAAAUCCAGAAACUCUUUGCACUCGCACAUGUCCCGACAACACAGAGGUAUCAGCACCAAAGAUUUGCCUGUGCUGCCGAUGCCUUCGCCUUUUGAUCCAGAAUUAGCUAGCAGGUUACUAGCAAAAGCAGGUGUCAAGAUCAGUCCAGCCGAACUCCGAGCCAGAGCAUCGCCGACAGGUCCGAGACGUUCCGACGUCAAACUGGACGCGAAAAGUGCCUUCUCCGGCGCCAUGUCCGACACGAACAGUUCAAUAUGCGGCGAUAACGAUCCAGAAGAUCUCACCAUGUCCCAGCAGUCCAGGUACGGCGGCCUAGAUUUCUCGAUGUCGCCUCCCUUGCACCCGAACAAUUACAAACAGAACAGGUUCAACGUUUCUGGUCCUGCCGUCGCCGCGAAAAGCAUAGAUUCCCUCCAGCAUUUAUCCAAAGAGCCUUAUCCAGCGCCCCUAGCGCCACCAGUGUCCGGUGCGAAUACCACUGGUUCAGCUAUUUUGGACACUUAUCUUCAAUUUAUAACUGAAAACAGCGGUAUGAUGGGCAUGAUGAAUCCUGAAGCUGCAAUGCAAGCCGCGAAGUUAGCGCAACUCAACGCUAUGGGUAUGGAUAAGGUUGCUCAGCAACAUUUUUUAGAGAAAAUGCAUCAGCAAAUGCAAAGCGCUAACGAUCUGAUGAUAAAACGCAAUAAUGAUGAAAUUAGGAGGAGCGACGGUGACAUGAUGAUGAACGACAGAGGAGGAGAUCGUGUUGAUAAUGAAGAAGCAGAAUCUUCGGCCGGUGAAGACGAUGAUUAUAGCGAUGAAGAAGCUGAACCGGAAGGUGUUAAAGCUGGCGAAUAAAUAUGGGUGAUUAUUUGAUUGAGUAAUAAUUAAUGAUAAUAAUUUAAUUAGUCAGUCGUGUCGUUAUUCUUGCCAUAAUUAUUAAAUGUUUAAAAUUCCAUCCCAUCUACCUCAGUUUUAAUCUCAUUAGGAUUAUUAUAUUUGUUGUUUGUUUUCUGUUUGGGUUGUAGAUACGAGUUUUUGGCAUAUAGUGGGAUUUGUAACAACGUAAUGUUUUGUUGAUUUUAUUGUUAAUCCUACUUUUGCCACAAAACCCUUAUACAGAUAUGAUAAAAUAUGAAAACAUAAUUCCAUCCGUCUACCUCAAAGUAAAUAAAAGUAUAGUUAAUAGUGAGCAAGUGCAAGAUAAUAAGGGUUAAAAGUGUAUACGGUAAAUUUAGAAUUUGAAACAUGUUUAUACCUCUACAGUGCAUUAUAUUUAAAAAAAAAAGUAGAUAUAUUAUUGGGUAAUGAUAAUAUACUGACACUUUGAUGUUUUUUAGAUGCCUCUUGGUAGAUUAGAGUGAAAAUAAUUGAUUAAUGACUAGUAUACUUCCUUUUUAAAUAAGAGAUUAGAAUGGAGUGGAUAUAGGUUUAGAAAAUCAUCCUCAAACUAUCUCACAAGUUGUAUCUUUUCGUUUUUAUAAAAUUGAACAAACAAACUACUGAAACAACAACUAACAUAUGGUAAAGCAUCAGUAACUUACUAAGCAAAAUUACCUAAAAGUUGAUAAUUCAAAGUGAAGUUUCUCUCGAUCCAUUCUAAUCUCUUAAAUAAAGAAACUCUCCUUUAAUGGCAAUAAAAUUAAAAGAACAAUUCGUACUGAUUUAUUUUCCAAUAUUAUUGUUUAAAAAUGCCAACUGGAAAAUCUUGGCUGUAGAAAAUUGAAAUACCUACAAGCAAAACAAUGUUUAGGCAUAUUUAAUAAGAUAAUAUUACUUGGGUGAUAUUCUAAUAUUACAAAUAAAGCGCCAAUAGGAUAUGAAAAAAUUAUUAAAUAUGUUAAUAACAAUCAAGUAUACAUACAAUUUUCUGUGAACCAAAAUACACACACACAAAAAAAAGAUCUUGAGGGUAAAAGCGGUACAAAAACAUCCUUUUGCCUUUCGAACAAAACGAUAAUUAAUAUUUUUAUAUGUCUUUAAAAAACAGAAAACUAAUGUUUAUAAAUGAUAAACCCGCAAUUUUUAUUAUAAAUAGCUUCCAAUUGUCUAAAUAAUGCUUCCGUUAAACAAAGCAAUUCGUAGAUGUUACAAUCAAAAAUAUAUUAGUACCUAGUAUAUACUGGAUUUCGUAAUUUAAAUUAGAUAUAUUCAUUAACUCAGGAACCCAGAUUUAAAUAUCAUCAACAACCAAAGUACAAAAUGUUUCCGUAUCACUCUCAUAUUUUGUUUUUAAGUCAAUAAUUUCUUUUCUUUGUUUUAUUUCAUAGAUUAAUCAAUAAUUUAUCUUUAUCAGGAAGGAUUAAUCUUGAUUAUUUUCAAGUGUCACAGUUCUGUUCCAAAAGGUUUUGACAUUUGAUUAAUUAUUUGUUCUGGAAUUAUUUAGAAAACUAGUUUGUGACGUGUCGAAUCCAGGUUUGAAGUCACUGUUUCAGUUCAACAAAAGUUCACUGUUAAUCAGCACAAAUAAAUCUAUAAAGGAUCUUCACAAUCUCCUUUUUGUUCAACAUAAGCUGAUCCUGUCCAACUUUCUCAUUAUUUGUAUAUUUGGACGAGUUCUUCUUUUGAGCCUGCAUUAAGGUGUCAGCAUAUCUGAGGUUCGUUAUCUUUCUUCCUCCUAUCAUAAGUCACCCUCGUCCACCGAGCGGCCGCCAAACGAGAAAAUGGGCUUGUACCUUGAGUUAAGGUACACCUAAUAUUUUAUGAUUGAUUUCAGUACUAUUUGAUAUACUGAACCAUAAUAUGAAAUUGAACAACUUGAAAUUAGGAAGGUCAAAGUUUGUUACUUGGAAGUUGAGUGUGUUGCUCCAUUCUUUACCCAUCCAUAGUCAGUUGGAUUCAAAGGUGGAUGGAACGGAGAUGCUGCUGCGUUCCAAAUGCAAGUUUGCAAAUGGAAUCGUUUUAUAUGUAGUUCAAAUGCCUCUGUUGUCGGAGGAAGUUCCGUAAUUUUAGGAGGAAUUUUCUUAGAGAACCACACUCUGUAUCGAACAUCUAACAUGUUGUGAACUUCCUUCUCGUAUAGCCGUAGCAAUGUGCAAUAAAGCUUGUACACUCUGUUACACAUACAUUGUUGCAACCAGACCUCAGAACUUGUACAGCUUUAGACUUCAAUGACCAAAGGGUUUAUACAUACUUCAUUCCAAAUCACUUUAUCUCAAUAACGGAAACCACAAAAACAUUUUCAUACAAAAAAGAAAAUUCUCUUAUCUCAAUAACGGAAACCGCAAAAACAUUUUCAUACAAAACAGAAAAUCCUCUUAUCUCAAUAACGAAAACCACAAAAACAUUUUAAUACAAAACAGAAAACAAGGUUUUUUCUUAUUUUCUGCCUAUCCUCCUCAUCAGAUUUAGUUCUUGAUACACUUUCCUCUUUGUGAAUCGAAUGCACCUUCUCUGAUUUUUCACCAGCUAUCAUAUCUUGUACAUCUUUAGAUAGCUGACUUUUAUUGUUGUGUGUGUAUUUUAUUGCAUGAAUGGGUCAAUAUACUGUUGCGUCUUAGAAGAGGUGUAUCCGCUCUUAGUUGCAUGGAAGUACUGCUAACUCCUCUUUGUGUCCUGUUCUUCAACGUGCUUCAUGAUCACUGAAAUCACAUUGUCAAUAUAAGUUUAUAUUGUGCCAACUUUUGGCCAAUGAACAUGCCACAAAAAAGCACUAGCAUCUAUGAUCAAGGUGUUCACAAAUUUUCCCCUACUCUUAAUUGAUUCAUUAGCUGUGAUUUUUGGGAGGAAGGAUUCAUGUCCCCAAAUUCAUCAAAUAGUGCUAACGGGACUAGUGACAAUUCAUACCAAACAAAGUUGGCAGGCUGCAUAUUACAACAUUACGUGUCAUUAGUUGUAGGGCACGUGCGUAGGUAGCCUUUGUGUUAUAUAUACUUGUUUGGUGAACCAACAUAUGUUUCUUGUCAUUUGACAAAGCGAGAACUGCCUUUUUCAAAGGAAUAUAAAAUCCUUUCGACAGUGAUUCCUCAAAUUUUUUGUCGUGGCUUUUCUCCGAGGCAUACGGCAUCAUCCACAUUUACUUUCGUGUUUCCAAUACGGCCACUAUGUGUACUAACAAUACCAUCAGGGUGGUCUUCAAUGAUCAAAGGGUUUAUACAUGCUUCAUUCGAAAUGCUCUUAUCUCAAUAACGAAAACCACAAAAACAUUUUAAUACAAAACAGAAAAUCCUCUUAUCUCAAUAAUGGAAACCACAAAAACACGCGGAGGAUAAUUGGACUACUCCAAUACGUAGAUGCUGUCUGGGUUGCCUGGUUGCUCACAUCCACAGGCAAUAUUACCAUUAUCAAUUGCUUUUUUCCGAGGCAUACAGCAUCAUCCACAUUUACUCUCGUGUUUCCAAUACGGCCACUAUGUAUAUUAACAAUACCAUCAGGGUGGUCUUCAAUGAUCAAAGGGUUUAUACACGCUUCAUUCGAAAUCCUCUUAUCUCAAUAACGAAAACCACAAAAACAUUUUAAUACAAAACAGAAAAUCCUCUUAUCUCAAUAACGGAAACCACAAAAACGCGCGGAGGAUAAUUUGACUACUUCAAUGCGUAGAUGCUGCCUGGGUUGCCUAUUGGCAAUAAUACCAUUACCAAUACGAAAAUAUCCAGCAAAUCAAAUUUUCAUUUGUAUUUUGCUCCUUUUGUGAAUUGUAAUGGUGAACAAACCAUGGAUUAUCAAAAUGUAUUGGAACAGAAAUGCAACACAAGAAAAUAAUCAAAACAUUUACAGAUAACCAGUGAUAAUUUUUCAGGUACACAUAUAGAUUUUAAAUCACAAUAAAUAUAGAAUCAUUUCCUUGUUUUUUUUUUUUUUUUUUUUGAAUCACGAGUCAUUAGAAUAUAAGAUUAAAACGAUAGGGCUGCUAUAAUAGGUUUGCAACAUUAUGCUGAUGGUUGGUUGUUCUCCAUUUUUAUUAUUUAUAAAAGAGAAUGUACAUAGAAGGAAAAAUUAAUGAUUAUAUUACUUAACAAUAUUGUUCUUCCACUGCAAUAUUUUGCUACUUAUUACUUAUUUAAAUAUGUACUUAUUUUGCUUCUAUUCUUUUUAGCGUUAUACCUGAUUAGCCAUGAGAAAGCUAUCAAAAAUUAGGUUGUUUGUUAAUUAUUGUAUAAGGAUUUUUUUAGAUUUUAAGGCAUUUUAACUGUUAAAUGCCAAUAUAAUAUUGAAUUAUGUAACACAACAAACUCUUUGACACUCAAAAAAUAACCAGUGAGUUUCUAAAACAAUAAAUACUUGUUUUUUCUUAAAUAAUAUUAACUUUAUAUAACACGGGUCAUUUUUUUUGUGAGUUUUUUUCUUUGAUAACAAUUAAGUUUAUUGUUUUUUUUUUCUUGAGAAAUUUUUGUAUAUAGAUAUUAGUUUUUAAAAUGUUAUAUUAUACACCUUUAGGAUUUUUGAAAAAAAUAAUAUUGUCACAAUUUACUCAGGUACGACAAUAUUUUGUUCAUUAUUUAUUGCACAAAAAAAAAAAGAUAUAAUCUGAUAUUUUGAUUUCAUCACACAAUUUCUAUUAGUAUUUAUUCAUGAUCCACAUUUAAAGUGUACUAGUUUCAACCUACCUCAACAAAUUUGUACAUAACAUAGUUUUAUACACUUGCGCAUAAAUGGUACUCAAGUGUAAUAAAAAUGUUUGAGACCUUUUUGCAAUAAUAAAAAAAAAUGUACAGGGUGCUAAUAACACUCUUUGCACAUUGUUCUCUUUAAGACACACACAGAUACUCCAUCAUAAUAAUAUUAUAAAAUAGAAUACUACAGGUGAUUUUUUUACUCAGGAAAACACACACACUUAUUAGUGCCAUAUUUUUAUAAUAAUAAUAAUCUCAAUACAAUUAUUUUCUUCAAACACUUUACUCAGAAAAAAAGAAAUGCAAAUAAUAAUACAUAUAAAUAGUGGAAUGUAGUAUCGUUCCUAUAAAAACCAAACGGUUCUUCAACAAUAAACUCUCUGGUACUUAAACAAUACUCAUUUAAUUUAUUGUAAAUAUAUUUUGUUUUUUGUAAAUAUUAAUAAUUAUUAUUGGUGUGUUGUUGAGGAAUCCGGGUGCCUUUAAAAUUAAUUAAAAAAAUGGCAAGAGUUCCUAAACAAUAAAUGAUUUGUCCCUUAUUAUAGCACAAGGCGAAAAAUAAUUCGCAAAAAUAAAUUGAAACGCCUGAAUAGAUUUUCUCUGUGAGUAGUGACAAGAAUUUAGCGCUAUAGGAUUGUAUUUCGUUUGCUGCAUUUGAUUUUUUAAUUUGCAUUUCUUUAUACAAAAAUAUUGUUAGUUUUUUUGUGCAUAAAAUGAAUAUUACGUUAGAGGUAGGUGCAAUAAAGAGAAUCUUGUUUUUAGUGUUAAUUUUUUUUUUCUUUGCAUAUAUUGCCAUAUGAUUAUGUUUAUUAAUACUUUUCGUGUAUCAUUUAUACUUGAUAAAAUAUAAAAGAUUUAA